AUGUCUGACGCCGCCGUUGUUGAAGCCACCGCCUCCCCAGUUGCCGCUGUUGAGAAAAAGGCACCAAAAAAAGCCGCUGCCAAAGCAAAGAAGCCAUCAGCUGCCCCUACCCACCCUCCAACCCAGCAAAUGGUUGAUGCCGCCAUCAAGACCCUGAAGGAACGUGGAGGUUCAUCAUUGCCCGCCAUCAAGAAAUACUUGGCCAGCACCUACAAAGUAGAUGCCCAAAAAUUGGCCCCCUUCAUCAAGAAGUACUUGAAAGGUGCCGUUGCCAGUGGAAAAUGA